GAAAAUGAAAUUAGGUGGGGAGUCCGGAACCGUGUGCGCCACCGCUACACUAACGCAGUCAGGAGGGAGCGCGCACGUCACCGCCGGCGCACCAGGGAGCGCGCACGUCACCAUGUUGGUGUAAGGAGGGAGCGGUUCAAGGGACUGAGAUGAUGUGAGUGAGCUGCUCCUGGAGGCCUCUGUCCGAUUGUCUGCCCGCCCUCUCAGUCAGCGGACUGGUGCGGACCCUGUGAGAGUUACUUGGGAUGGCAGCAGAAGAAAAGAUCCCAUCGGCUCUGGGCCUUGGGAAUGAACAGUCUCACUCUCCGACAAGCCCAUCUCACCUCACCCAUUUUAAGCCACUGACUCCAGAUCAAGAUGAACCUCCCUUCAGAUCAGCCUAUAGUUCUUUUGUAAGCCUUUUUCGUUUUAACAAAGAUGAUGGAAGACCAAACUCUUCAUAUCGAACAGACCUGACUCAAAGUGAACCACAGGUUAGAGAAGAAAAUUGGUCCAGCCACCAAAGUGAUGACCAAGCAUAUUUAAGAUCAUCAUCACCUUACAAAAAACAACAUGCAAGGGAAAACCCACGAAGAGCAUCUAGUGCAUCAAUGGUCAAAUCUCAAGGUGCAGAUGGUCCUAGAAAACCAGAUAUGUCAAUGGGAAGCCAUGAUCCUCGAACAGCAGUACAACUAAGGAGCCUUACAACAGUUUUGAAGCGCUUGAAAGAAAUAAUGGAGGGAAGAAGCCAGGACACUGAUUUGAAGCAGUACUGGAUGCCAGAUAGUCAAUGUAAAGAGUGUUAUGAUUGUAAUGAGAAGUUUACCACCUUCAGACGUCGACAUCACUGCCGUUUGUGUGGACAGAUCUUCUGCAGUCGUUGUUGCAAUCAGGAAAUACCUGGGAAAUUCAUGGGUUAUGCUGGUGAUCUUCGAGCUUGCACUUACUGUCGUAAAAUUGCUUUGAACUAUGCACAUUCCACAGACAGCAGUUCCAUUGGUGAAGAUCUAAAUGUUUUGACUGACUCAAUGUAUUCUGUAUCCAUAUUGGAUCCAGUGGAACCUAGAACUCCUGUAAGUGGAAGAAAAGUCAUCAGAAAUAUAUUUUUGGAAGAGGAUCUCGUGUGGCAGAGCUUGGGCCACCAGGAUUCUCAGAGUAAUUUGACAACGCGACUCUCAACUGUGCAGGAGGAUGUAGGAAAGUCACCUGCUCGAAAAAGGUCUGUAAGCAUCACCAAUCUUUCUUUGGACCGGUCUGCUUCACCCAUGGUACCUUCGUAUGACAGCUCUAUCAGUCCUCAAGCGCCUCGGGCGUAUGUUAAAACUGACCCUAAUGAAGAUGAAAGAAAAAUUCUUCUGGACUCUGUGCAACUGAAAGACCUGUGGAAGAAAAUAUGCCAUCACAGCACUGGCAUGGAGUUUCAGGAUCAUCGCUACUGGUUGCGAACUUAUCCUAAUUGUAUUGUAGGAAAGGAACUGGUGAAUUGGUUGAUUAGAAAUGGACAUAUCACUACACGAGCUCAGGCAAUUGCCAUUGGUCAGGCAUUAGUGGAUGGACGAUGGUUUGACUGUGUAACCCAUCAUGAUCAGCUCUUUAGGGAUGAAUAUGCCUUAUACAGGCCUUUGCAAAGUACAGAGUUUUCUGAGACACCUUCUCCAGACAGUGAUUCAAUAAAUUCGGUGGAAGGCAAUUCUGAACCGUCAUGGUUUAAGGAUAUCAAAUUUGAUGACAGCGAUACUGAGCAGAUGCAGGAUGAUGGAGAAGAAAUCAUGCAAAGCUUUUCCAGCCCUAGCAAACGUACAUCAGUAAGCAGUUUUCAGUCAGUCAUGGACAGCGACUCUGCAGCUUCUAUCAGCCUAAAUGUGGAACUGGACAAUGUCAACUUUCAUAUCAAGAAACAUUCCAAGUACCCGUAUGUCCCAACACAUCCAGCAGAUCAGAAAGAGUUCUUAGUUUCUGAAGAUGGAGUGCAACAGGUUAUUGGCAUAAGUGAUGCUUUUAUUAAAGAAUCUCUCUUUAAUCGUCGUGUUGAGGAAAAAUCCAAAGAUCUUCUCUUUACACCACUUGGUUGGCAUCAAGGUUCCCUGGAACAUCUUCGGGAAGAAAAUGGCGAGAAACAAGCAAUGGAGAGAUUACUUUCAGCUAACCAUGGCCAUAUGAUGGCCUUGUUGCAGCAACUGUUAUAUAGUGAGUCCCUCUCACUGUCCUGGAGAGACAUAAUUGUUCCUGUGGUCCGCCAGGUUGUACAGACUGUGCGUCCAGAUGUCAGGAACAAUGAUGAUGACAUGGAUAUCCGCCAAUUUGUUCAUAUAAAAAAGAUACCAGGUGGUAAAAAAUUUGAUUCUGCAGUGGUUAAUGGGUUCGUUUGUACCAAGAACAUAGCCCAUAAAAAGAUGAAUCCUCACAUAAAAAAUCCAAAGAUUCUGCUGUUGAAAUGCUCCAUUGAAUACCUGUAUCGAGAGGAGACGAAGUUUACAUGCAUAGAUCCCAUUGUCCUACAGGAAAGAGAAUUUCUGAAGAAUUAUGUGCAGCGAAUAGUGGAUGUUCGACCAAAUCUGGUUCUUGUAGAAAAGACUGUUUCUCGUAUUGCUCAAGAUAUGCUUCUGGAAAAUGGAAUUACCUUAGUGAUAAAUGUAAAACCACAAGUGCUAGAGCAAGUGAGUCGUGUUACCCAGGGUGAUUUGGUCAUGUCAAUGGAUCAACUUCUUACAAAGCCUCGCCUUGGAACAUGCCAUAAGUUUUUCCUUCAACCAUUCCAACUACCUAAUGGUCAUGCAAAGACACUCAUGUUUUUCGAAGGUUGUCCCCAACAUUUAGGCUGUACUGUGAAGCUGAGGGGUGCUUCGGAAUACGAGUUAGCAAGAGUGAAAGAAAUUAUUAUAUUCAUGGUCUGUGUAGCUUAUCAUUCUCAGCUGGAGCUUUGUUUUCUUAUGGAUGAGUUUGCUAUGCCUCCAAGUUUAUCUAAAAGUGGAUCAAUUCAUUCCAUUAUUGAUGGUGAGACUGCUGAAAAUGAUGGGCUGGACUUGUUUACUGAUGAAAACUUCGGCAGUCUUUCCAAAGACUCUGAUGAUCCGAUUGAAGACAUUUCCUUGGGAUCUGAGUUUGCUCCAACUGCCAGUUUUGAUUAUCCAAAACAUAAUACAUUUUGUGAAGGAGAGAAACCAUUGAGAAGAAGUGUUUCUAGGGACAGCAUUUUUGUAAAACCUGAGGGUCCCACACCUGAUAUGGCCCCUCCGGAUUUCGAGACGCCUUUUCUUGACCCUCCUUUGACAUCUUCUGUCCAUGCACCUGUAAUAGACUCCAUGUUAUCUGAAAGUAAGAAAGACCAAGGGCCUCCAGGCACGUACCGUGCAUUCUUACAUGACUCUGAACCAUCUAUAGGAAACAGGCCUAAACGUUUCCGUGAUCCCCUUCAGGAUGAUACCGAUCUGUUCAUUACUGAACAUGUUACUUCCUCUGAAGACAGGUUGAAAUCCUACUCUGUUGCAUUCAAGCAGGAGCUUAAGGAUGUCAUUCUUUGUAUAUCUCCUUUUAUUACUUUCAAAGAGCCUUUCCUGUUGACGGAGAAAGGUAUGAAGUGUCCAACAAGAGAUUACUUCCCAGAACAAGUCUAUUGGUCCCCUCUCUUGCACAAAGAUAUUAAAGAAGUAGAAUGCAGAAGGAAGAAACAGCUACUAAAAGACUUGACAAGCCUUCAGAGUCUUAAUGGCAAUGUGCAGGCAAAAAGCAGUCAAAUUCUUCCAUCUCAUGAUCUGCUAAGUACCAGAAUAACUCAUUCCUUAGGAAGUAACCAAAGCUUGUCAAAGCUUUUAGCUGAUUAUCGAGCUAGAGGUGGUAGAAUAAAGAACAAAGUAGAAGAUCAUUUUUUGCAGAACAAAGAGGAUAACAGUAAAUCAGCCAUGAAAGAUGGGGAAGAGGAAAUCCAGCGAGGACAAACCCAAAAUGAGUUUGCGUGGGCAUCAAAGGUGGACUGUUUGAGCCCAGCAAACCAUCAGAAACUUUGUGUUCUCUUCAGUAGUUCCUCUGUUCAGUCAAGCAAUGCACCAAACCCAUGUGUUAGUCCAUGGAUCGUCACAAUGGAAUUUUAUGGAAAAAAUGAUCUGACUUUAGGAAUAUUUUUAGAAAGAUAUUGCUUUAGACCCUCCUAUCAGUGUCCCAGCAUGUUCUGUGAAACACCUAUGGUGCACCAUAUACGUCGUUUUGUGCAUGGUAAUGGUUGUGUACAGAUUGUAUUAAAAGAGCUGGAUUCUCCUGUUCCUGGUUAUCAGCACACAAUAUUAACAUACUCUUGGUGCAGAAUAUGUAAACAGGUAACUCCUGUGGUUCCGCUGUCCAGGGAUUCUUGGUCUAUGUCCUUUGCCAAGUAUCUGGAAUUAAGAUUCUAUGGCUAUCAGUAUACCCGCAGAGCAAACGCUGAGCCUUGUGGUCACUCUAUGCAUCAUGAUUAUCACCAGUAUUUCUCUUAUAAUCAGAUGGUUGCAUCUUUCAGCUUUUCCCCCAUUAGAAUGCUUGAAAUUUGCCUACCCCCACUAGAAAUACACAUCAAACCUCAAAUGCCAUCAAAGCAAUUGAUUAUUCAGGAUUUGAAGGAUUUUUCACAAAAGGUGUCACAAAUCUAUUCGGCAGUAGACGAUCGCCUGGUGUCCCUGAAAACUGAUACCUUCAACAAAACAAGAGAAGAAAAAAUUGAAGAUUUGUUUGCACAAAAAGAAAUGGAAGAGGCAGAGUUUCGAAACUGGUUUGAAAAAACUCAAGCAAGAUUGUUGACCUCCCCAGUCGACAACCCUCAGCAGUUGGUAUUUUUGGAUGAUUGCUUAAUUACCAAGAAACAGAAUUUGUGUGAGCUGUUACAGGCUUGGAAUAACAGACUACAAGAUUUGUUUCAACAAGAAAAAGGACGGAAACGACCAACAGUACCACCAAGUCCUGGUAGAUUGAGGUCUACUGAAGAAACGAAGAGCAGUGUACUGGAUACUUCUCCACGCAGUUCAACCUCAGGACUACCAAAUGGAGAUAAAGAAGAUCGCACAUUGCCUAUCACAGCAGCUAACUCUACCAACACUGCCAAUUCUCAGUUACCCUCCUGCCCAGAGGUAUGCAUCGAACAACUGUCUUCUGGACCCAAUAUUCCCACAGUGUCUGUUAGCAGUGACCAAGACACCAACAAUUCUGACGAUGUAUAUGAUGGACACCUUUUGGGCUCCAGUGACAGUCAAGUAAAAGAAAAGUCAACUAUGAAGGCUAUUUUUGCGAAUCUACUUCCUGGAAACAGUUACAACCCCAUUCCUUUCCCAUUUGAUCCUGACAAGCAUUACCUGAUGUGGGACCAUGAACGUGUGCCAAUUACAGUAUGUGAGAAGGAACCAAGUUCAAUCAUUGCAUUUGCUCUCAGUUGUAAGGAGUACAAGAAUGCUGUAGAAGAUCUUGGAAGAGAAUGUAUGAUGACUGGGAAUGACGAAGGAGUACAACAGGCAAAUAAUGCAGACAGACCGAAGGCCAAUAGUCCUGCAAGACAUUCAGAAAGCAACAGCAGUCAAGGAAAUCGCAGUACAGAAUCUGAGCAGACUUCAAGAAAGACACCUGGAGUUUUGUCAUUUUUCCGAGGUUCAGGGGGUAAAAGCCCUGAUCUGUCCAUACAGAGAAAAGAGACUUUGCGAGGUGCAGAUAGUGCUUAUUACCAGGUCUCUCAAACAGGGAAAGAAGGGGCAGAGAAUCCAGCUGCAGAGUUACAAGGUACAGUUAAGCGCUGGUCACUGACACACUAAACCUUAUCGAACGAAAAUUUGUGUGCCUUUUGAAAUUCUACGUUGCUAAUGGUACCUCUACUCACUUCAUUCCAAAGUUUUUUUUUAAAUUAAAAUAAUUACUGGAAGCAACUCUUUUUCCAGUGGGACUGUUGUGCCCCAGCUAUGCAUAAUGAGAAUCACUUUGCUCCAAUCAUUGAGUAUUUACGGUGGGGUGUAAAAGGAUUUUUUUCCUGAAUGCUGCAGUUGGAGAAUUUAUUUGAUUGCAUAAAGGUUUAAAAGUUAUUUUUGGAAUCAUCUGUUAUAAGAAAAUUGUAUUUACAGGUAAAGUUAAUAACCAAUGUUACUAGCAACCCAAAAAACUUCAUUUUGAUUUCAUGUAUUCUUUCUCAUGUUUGAUUACCAGAAUUUUUGAGUUGAGAUUCUUUUUGCUAUUAAUUCUUCCCCAUGAAUUAACCCUUUAAUAAGGGGUUAUAUUGGUUUAUCCAUUUGUUUAGUAUUUGAAGUCAGUUUAAAGAUAGGCAAGUCUGCUAAACCCUCCGAAAUCUGUGUGUAACAGACUUGCCUCCAUUGAAGUACAUUUUUCAAACAGACCAUGAAUUGGUCUUUAACAGGUAGUCUACUCCUGCGAUCCUUUAAAAAGGAACAGAAAUAGGCUAUUCAGCCGAUGAGCUUGCCCUGCCAUUCUAGAUUAUGGCUGAUAAUGUCCCGAAUGCAAGUUUCCCUCACUAUUUGCUUACCCAUGAAUGCUAUUAGUCUCCAGAAACCUAUAAUUUUUUGUCUCCAACCUGCUCAGUGAUUAAGCUUCCACAGCCUCUGGGAUAUGGAAUUCCAAGAUCCAUCAUUCUCUGAGUAAAGAAAUUGCUCCUCAUCUUGACCUUAAAUGGCCUGCCCGUUAUGUUCCUGGAGGAUAUUGCCAUGGCCAUAAGAAUUUUCUAAGUGUUAGCCUCUGAUUGUUUCAAGCACUGGAGAGUACAGACCCAAUUUUCUCAAUUUCUCCUCAAAAAAACCUUGCCAUCCCAAGGAUUAACGUGAUGAACUUCCGUUGAAUUACUUCUAUGGCAAGUAUAUUCUUUUCCAUAAAUAAAAAGUCCAAAAUUGUACACAAUACUCCAGGUGAGAUCUUAAUGGGCUGAGUACAAUUGCAACAAGGCAUCUUUACAUCUCUACACAAAUUCCCUUGAAAAGAAUGUUAACUUGUAAUUUUGCCUUUCUAAUUGCUUGCUGUUUCUGCAUGCUCGCUUUUAGUGACUUGUGGGUAAGGAAACCCAAAUACUUUUAGGCACCCAUACUUCUGCCUGUGUUUUUUUCUCUACCAAAAUGAACAACUUCACAUUAUAUUCCAUCUAUUAUGUGCAGCCUCUUGCGUCAUUUUCAUGUUCCACCUAAUUUGCUGUCAUCAGAAAAUUUAGAAAUAUUCCAACUGACCCCAACAUCUAAAUCAUUUACACCGACUAUGAGCAUUUGUGAACCUGGCAGUUACCCUUGAGGUACUUCACUAGUAAGCCUGCCAUCCUAAAAGUGAUCUGUUUAUUCCUGCUCUCUACUUCCUGUCUGUUAACCAAUUGUCAAUCCAUACUUGUAUAUUUCCCUCAGUCUCAUGUGUUUAAAUUUUACUAACCGCCUGUGUGAGACCUUAUCAAAAGCCUUAUGAAAAUCCAAUACACUCACCCACUGGUUCCUUUUUGUCUAUCUUGUCUAUUCUACAAGUAACAUCCUCAGAAAAUGCCAAGUUUAUCAAACAUUGUUUCCCUUUCAUAAAUCCAUGUCGAUUCUUCCAAUUUGCCAUUAUUUUCUAAAUAUUCUGUUAUCCCCAUCCUUUAUAAUAGAUUCUAACAAUAUCCCUUCUAUGGGCAUCAAGCUAAUAUGUCUGUAGUUGUCCACUCUUGCUUCUCCUCUUCAAUAAUGGAGUUAAAUUUACUACCUUCAGUCAACAGGAAUCUUUUCCAGCAUCUAUAAAAUUACCACCAACGUAUCCACUGCAUCCUGUUUCAAUACACUGGGCUGAAACUCAUCUGGUCAAAGAGAUUUAUCAAUCCUCAAUCGAGUUAGUUUUCAAGUGCUGUCUCUUGCUCUAUGUGAGUCCCUUGGCCGCCUAAUGUUUCUGGAAUUCUAUACUGUCUUCUGUCAAGGCAGAUGCAAAGUAACUAAUUCUUCUCACUGUUCCCUGUUCUCCAAUAUAAAUUCUCCUGUCCCUUGCCUAUAACAGCCCAUAUUUAUCCUUGCUCAUCUUUUCCUUUCAUAUAUCAAUAAAAGCUUUACAUGGUCCUCCUGUAGGUGCCUUGCUAAGUUGCAUUCAUCGUAUCUUCCCCUUUGCCUGAUCAGUAUUUUGGUCCUCCUUUUGUGCAUUAAACUGUUCCCAAUCUUUUAGUUUACCAUUAUUUCUGGCUUUCUUGCAAACAACUUCAUUUAAUAUAAUACAAUCUUUAGCUUCUUUCUUGACUAUGGUGAUUCGCCUUUCAUUUCAGCUGUUUUUGCCUUAGAAGAAUGUAUAUCUGUUGUAGAUUUUUAUAAUUGCUUUAAUGGUAGCCAUUGAUUAUCCACUAUCAAAUGUUUAAUGUAUUUUUCUGGUAUACCCUCACCACAUGCCCCUCAUAAUUUUCUUUGGUCAGACUUAUACUUACAUUUGU